AUUGUGGUUAUUUUUAAAAUAUUGUUGUUUUUGUCAUUUAAAUGCUGAAAAAGCCUUUUUUCUCUCCAGGAGUUUUGUAGUGCGCACUCUGGAUGAGCCGGGCGCGCGCACACGCGCCGUCCAGCGGUUGGAAAGAGCGCAGCGAGCCAGUAUAAAAGCUUGCAGUCCGAGCGUGCGCACGGAUUCACGGGAUGAUGAAGGAGCAGCCGCAUCAUCACAGACUCCAGAGUAUGCUGACGGGCGUUCAUCAGCUGUUUUAUUUAUAAGCUGCUGGAACAACAGAAACAUGCGCGCAAAGGCGCGGCGCGCAGAUCCAGCAAACGCGCAGGAAGAUGGGGAUUUUUGAAUCCACUCCCGAACACUCUCCUGCUGGAAGUUAAGACUGCCUGCCUGUGGAGAAACAACAGGAAACUUGUUUUUUUUUCUAAUAAAGUAAUUUGGUUUUCACCUGCGCUGCCAUGCAGGGGAACAGCUCAUCCGGACCCACGACCGCGCUCAGUGCGUGUGGAGGAGAGGAAGAUGAAAUAUCCGAGCUGGUCAGCCCAACAGGGGCAGCGUCCAACCUGCCCGCUUUCAAUAUUUCGCUGAACUGUUGGCUCCACAUCCUCUCCAGAGAGUCCUCGCUGGAUCUGCACGGAGAUGGUGCCAACCUGCCAGUCAGAAUCCUCAUUGCUCUGGUCUAUCUGGUGGUGUGUGUCCUUGGGUUGGUGGGUAACCUCCUCGCCCUCUUCCUGCUCCACUCCCGCCGCCGGGGCCACCACUACUCCUCCAUCGACUGCUUUGUAAUGAGCCUGACCAUCACAGAUCUCCAAUUUGUUCUCACGUUGCCGUUCUGGGCCGUGGACACAGUUCUGGACUUCCGUUGGCCUUUCGGCCGGGUCAUGUGCAAGAUCGUGAGCUCGGUCACCACCAUGAACAUGUACGCCAGUGUGUUCUUCCUCACUGCAAUGAGCGUGACUCGGUACCGCUCCCUGGUUACCUCCUUGAAGAUGGACAGCCCCAGAACGGCCACGAGUCAGGCCAAGUGGGCCAGUUCAGCCAUCUGGGUGGUGUCGCUCGUGGCUACGCUGCCUCAUGCUUUCUACUCCACAACAGUUCAGGUGUCUGCCGACGACGAAUUGUGCUUAGUUCGGUUCUCCGACUCAGACUCAGGUCACUGGGAUCCCCAAGUCCUGCUUGGACUCUAUCAAACGCAGAAGGUCCUUUUGGGAUUUGUAGUUCCCUUCAUCAUCAUCUCUGUGUGCUACCUCCUCCUGCUGAGGUUCAUCCUAAGCCGACGAGUUGUUGGCAGCGUGGUAAGUAAGGGGACAGAGAGGUCGGAGUAUGAGAAAGGACGCCAACGCCGCCGCUCCAAAGUCACCCGCUCCGUCACCAUCGUAGUUCUGUCCUUUUUCAUUUGCUGGCUGCCAAACCAGGCUCUCACCCUGUGGGGGGUUCUCAUCAAGUUUGACUUGGUGCCCUUCAGCAAGGCCUUCUACAACGCUCAGGCGUACGCCUUCCCCCUGACUGUGUGUCUCGCCCAUGCCAACAGCUGUCUCAACCCAGUGCUCUACUGCCUGAUCCGAAGAGAGUACAGAGCCGGGCUGAAGGACACUCUGCUGAGAGCCUCUCAUUCCAUCCGGAACGUUCUCUCUCUGGCUCUGAGGGGAAGACGAGUGGAGGAGGCUCCACCGAGCAUGGUCAUGAUACACAAGGACGUCAUGUGACUCGCUACAUCACACAAAAGUUUAUCAUUUUUGAAAAAAGAAUUAUCUUUCUAUCUUUGUGUAUAGUACAAAUACAUAUAAUGGACUAAUAUAUAGUAUAAAAAAGGCUGCAACUUUACUCACUUUACUGAAAUACAAGACAGUUACUAAAGAGUUAUGGACCAGCCCUAUAUAUACAGCGAUGUUUGCAAAAGUAUGUCUAAAACGACAUGCAGUUAGUGUGUUAAAUGAGAAAACUGAACCAAACAAUCUACUUCCUGUUAUGUCACAUUUUUACGCUUUAAGUUAACUUCCUGUUGCAGCUUUACAUGAAAAACUCUGUGUUUGCACUUUCUGACCAAAUAACAAAAUAAAAGCGUGUCCUUCAAAAUAAAGACAGCAAAUGCCACCAAUUUAAAUCUUACAUUUGAACAUUUCCUCCUUUAUUCCUCAAUUAUGUAAACUAUUCAAUUGAAAAAAAAUCAAAGCAAAACUUUGAUUUUUAAAUUUAGCACCACUCAUGUGAUACAGAUCUGCAACUUUUCUUUGAUUUUUGCUCCACUUUAUGUCUAAAUUCGCAUCCUUAUAUUCUGAAAAUCUCUAAUGUUGCCAUGAUGAGUCACUGACUAUUUUAUAGAAAAGGCUCUGCAAAGGCAAUUUUGGCAGCCUCCUAAAAAUAUUUUUGACAUUGAUUUUAGCUCUCCUUGGAAAUGUCACAAAUACUUUAAAUAUAUAACCUGUCCUGUUAUUGAACAAACUCCAAAGUAUAUGUUUUAUCAAAUACUGGUGCAGUACAGGCUUGACAGAAAAUAACAGUGUUUUCUUGAUUGGCUGCUUUUUCUGCUGAUUUAACUUAACUUAAAUGUCCUUUGUGAGAAAAAAAAAUUGAUGUUUUUUCUUUUAAAACUUUUCUGAAAGUGCCUUAUGAUUUUCAGUCAGCAGUUUGAUUGUUCUACCAUCUUUGGGGAGGCUGUUUUAACAGACACUGGACAAUUCAAAGUAAAGUUAUAGCCCUCAUCUUAUUAGUUUUGAAGAGUUUCAUUGUCUUAAAGUGCAAUAAAAAUAAAAGGUUUCCUUUUUUUUGCAAGAAACUUUAAUCCAUUUGACCACAAACACAAAGAACAACAAAAAGGAAUUCUUUUGGAUCUGUGGCGCAGGUGGUGAAGCUCUUGCAUCUUAAUCACACUAUCCCAACAACUUGACCCACAGUCCUCCAAAUGGUACCUCAGUUCAGGCGCAGAGUUGCCACCUCAGAUUGCCAAAAGGACAACACAAUUUUCCGUGUCAGUGUGCUUGUUAGCCUGUAAAAGAUUAUUGUCAAGGUUGUUAACUUGGCAAUUUUUGUUGCCUCUUUUAUCAAAACAUUGGAUAGAAAAUCAAUCUAACAAACAAUUUCACAGCUGUAUAAAUAUUGUUAUCUAUUUUUCUGAGCUAAAAACAGACAAAAAAGAAAAAAGGUCACAAUAUUAAACCAGGAAAUUCAGUGAUUGAAAAGACUCGUUUGGGGAAAAUCCUUAAAGAUCCAAUGAAAAUUGUGUUUUUACAUGUUCUUUUUCUGAUGAUUGAGAACACUUGUAAAGAAAAUUAAGCUUAAAAUUGGAUUUUUGAUGUGAAUCAGGAGCAAACACAAAAAUGUUGUUGGAAAAACCUUGUGAUGUAUUAGUUAAGACGGCAUGCCACGUUCUCCCUGUUGAGCUCCAUUCUAGAUGACUGGAUUCAUGUACAUCUUUAUUUUCCUCGUCCGAGCUGACAUCUGGCUCCAAACUGUAUGGCUCUAAUAUUGCUCGCCAUUUUAGUUGCGCCAGUAAUGUUAAUUUCCGUUUUUGUGGGGCUGUAAGCUAACAUGUAAACAAAUGGAUGAUGGGAAGUGAGGCUUACUCCAGCCUAAAACUCGAGGUGAAUUUUAAUGAACUCUUGUCAUUAUGCAAAAACAAAGCCGUAGAAAAAGACACAUUUAAAAAAAAUGCGGCUAAAACGGUACAAUCAUGAAUAAAAGACCGCUGAUCAAAAGAUGAUCGAAGUGGGGCUUCAAUACUUACAUUUGAUAUUGAUAGAUAUGAUGAUACAGUGACUGAAUUUGAGGCCAAGUUAAGCUUCAAUGUCAUCCUGCAAACGCAAAUUGUGUGUAAUCGAACUCUAAUUGGAAUAUUUCUGUUAGAAUUUCAAGUCUUUUGGUUCAGUGCUUUAAGCUCUUGCAAUGUUUUUGCUUAUUUGCAUUUCAUGUUGCCAGGAAAUGUGAGAUUUUUGUGUGAUGGCUUCAUUAUAGAUGAAAAAAGUUGCCAAAACUGUGCAGAAGUUUUACUAGCACCUUCUAGAAAAUGACCAAAUUCUGUCCAAUCACUACACUGUGUCACAGGGCAGCUAACUGUAUUUAUUUAUUUGCACACAAUGGAGAAAAACUAGUGUUUGAUUAGUUUGGCCUGUACAGCAGUUGUUGUGUUUCUCUUUAAUUUUAAGACAGACUUUACCUUCAAAUGCAGCAAAGCAGAAACUUUUUCCCACUUUCUAUACCAGCGUGAAACCGUCAGUCAUCUUCGUUGUGUCUGUUUUGCUGUAUCAUUGUGAACAGUCUUGUGCCAACAUGUAUGUCCUGCGACAUUAAAUAAAAUGAGAGGACAAAAGACUUCA